ACUUCGUCUCCGGCGCUCGCCCGUCCUCGCUCUCGCGAGCCAUUGCACUCGUGCUCCUCCGCCCGGUUCGUCGGCCAAACCAACGCGGCCCCUGCUUGUUUGCUCAGCGCCCCGCUCUCUCGUCCUGCCUUGCCUUGCCUUGCCCUCUCCCGUCUUCGCUUGUAGUGCACGUCACGCUAGCUCUUCGCAAGCUCGUCCUACUAGUAGAUCAACCGCGUUGAACGACGCAGCUUCAGAAUCGGUGUGCACAGACGUUGGCUACUGAUAGCGACGGGGAAAAAUCGGCCAAGCUUUAGUGUUUCAAACCUAUCACCUAGUGAUGCUCUAGUCUGUUCAAAAAUGAGCAAUCGAUUGAGGGCUCGCACUGCACUGCCGGCUCACGGAUAUUUUAAUGAUGGUCCGCCGUGAUUGCUCACUCCCGAUUUUCUCGGUGGAGAAUAAAGCGUCGCUCUUUAUUGAAUGGUCUCGAAUAGACGUUGAACGCACGCUAGAGCCUAGUAUACGUACAAGUGUAACGCUCUCUGUGGCUCCCGUUGCAAAUCUGAAGUGCUCGACAAAGCCAGAGUGGACAAACAAAAUGGUAGGCUGCGAGUACAAGUUGUAAACAGCAGCGGCGAGCGAUACAGAGCUUGGGAGCUUUUCCAGAGCCUCGCUAUAUCGCCUUGAAGCUAGGGGGCCAAACGAGGAGGAGCCAGGCAGUCGGCAGCAGCAGCAGCUCCGGCACCAGCUGAGCGACGCGCAGAUGGGGGGCCAUGCGGACUGAACCGGCGCCAGCAGCAGUGGCAGCGAGCCUGCGGCGGCCCGGGCCCGCGGCCGCGCGCAGCUGACAGACGCCAGCCGGCGCCGCGGCGCGGCCAGCGCAAUGACGGUCCUGCCAUCGGUCUCGGACGUCGCGGACAAGGCGGUCUCCACCGAGGACGUCAAGGGCGGUGGCGGCGGCGGCGGCGGCGCGGAGCUGGCGCGCCUCGAGGCCGUGCUCUCGGCCCUGGUCGAGGGCAAGCUCGAAGCCCUACGGGCGGGCGCGGGCCGCUCCGCCGGGCGGCCCCGGCGCCCCUCCUCCUCUAGCCUCUCGUCCUCGCAGCCGCGCGACCCGAGACGACCCGCACCCGCCGGCGUCCGCGCCGCCCGCCACGCGUGCUGCAGCGCCGCGCAACCCAGGGCCGCCUGCGACGCGGACGAGCAGCUGGCCCUCGGCUUCGCGGACGAGCCGUGCGGGCCCGAGGACGGGACGGGCCUGGCGGGGCUGGAGGCUGGCUUCCGGCAGAGCGCCGGGCGUCCGCAGAAGCCGCGCGGCGGGCGCCGGGGGCGGCGCCGGCGGGGCCGGCGGCCCCGGGCCGCACGCCUCGUCGACGUGGAGGCCGACGAGCUCGAGCUCGGCUCGGUGAUGGUCGACCCCGACGACCUGCCGCCCCGCGCCCGCUGGACCAUCAUGGCCACCGCCUGCCUCCUGCUCGCCAUGUCGCUGCUCCUCGUCGGGGUCACGCUGCGCAUGGCGCCCAUCAUCGACGAGAUGGGUGACGGGCGCCGCGCCUCGGCCUGCAAGAGGAAGAGCUCGAGCGGCAGCGGCGGCCGGCGAGCCAGCAGCGCGGCGGCGGCGGCGGCUCACUACCGGCGCGACUCCGUGCGCCCGGACAACUCGCGCAGCCCCUCGACGGCCGGCGGCCUCGAGGCCGCGCUCAAGGACCCGCGCGAGGAGGCGCGCACCCGCCGCCACCGGCUGGUGGCCCUCGUCCUUCUCGCCAUCUUCGCCUUCAUCCUGCUGGCCGCGGUGCUCGCGGUCGUCAUCACGCUCACCCACAGCAGCUUCCACGUGCCACCUAUCGGCUCCAGGGAGCUCGCCGAGCAUCGCGCCAACGACGCAGUUGACCCGAGCAAUGCCACGUUCUCCGCAAGGAGAACGAAGAACUACUGAACUCGCUGAACCGCGAUCCGACGGCGAACGGCACGCCGGCGUCGAGCUGGGCAGCCUGAUGGCCAGCGGAGCACGGAGGGAGAAGGCACCAGCCGCAGCUCUGUCCGUCGAACCUGCGGCAACCUCGGAUGCAUUUCUCGACAGACAGCUUGUGUACAGUGGAGCUGCUUCAGCUUUGAUCGGCUCAGCUCUGCCAAAUUAUCCGAGCCGACAAGCAGCUCCGCAGAGCGCGCGUCGUGUCGCGUUUACGCACAAGUUUUAGCGCUCGCCGCUCUCUCGUCUGUUUGAACAGUGGUAUCACUCGCACCUUCGCACCUUUUAUAUUUUCUCACUUUCUUACUCUUUUUCUCUUCGCUUUCCUCUAUUUCCUCUCAGACCCAUUGGUCGCGAUGAUUAACAGCUAGCUUUUACUUUUCGAUAUCUGUCGCAUUCUUGUACUCGUAUCAAGACUUUCACCUCGAUUAACAUGACAAAUAAACAGUUUCCCUCGAUAGAAUCUUCCCUAGCACUUUUUGUCAAAUCCAAGUCCCGACAUCGAGUGCUCUCUUAUUUCUUAUUACCGGUCGAGUCAAUAGCAUUAGUUAGCGAUAUAACGUAAUGUAUACAAGGCAACUUCGAAGUACAAAUCAGUAGACAAUAUUGAUGCGUUCGACAGCACUAUUCUAAUAGCAACUGCUUUCAGUUGACCUUGUCAAUCCUACUGUGAUGAUAUAUAUUAUUCAAAAUUUUCAGUCUUACGCUUUCUUUUUUACUACUACGAGCUUUUCUCAAUAUCAAUUUCACAUUUAAAUCUUUUUCAAAUUUCUAACGUGCAACAUGGAUAACUUUCAUCAAACAUGUACUGCUAUUAAUAGAACAUUACUGCUGUACGGAUAACCGGAGCUAAUUUAACUUUAACGGGCAAUAACUCGCGAAGGUAUAAGUAUCUUGUACCCUGUCAGUGAAACAGCUGAAGCUCGUUACACUUCCAGCUUUAAUGGCAUCCACACAUAUACGUACCGAGUGAGUUCUGUGAGGAUAGUGCAAGUAGAGAUAAGAAGAUACAUUAUUUGUUUACCAAUGAUUCAAUUACAACAAUUGUUCAUAGAUAAUGCGAUCCACACGUUCAACAGUGGAAAAGUUAUUCGAAUUAAAAAAAAAUGUUCGCUGCAUCGAGACAUGAUUUUCAAGCAUCCACUUGUUCGCUGCAAUUCCAUAAUUCCAUAAACGGUUCCGUUGCGAUUAGCGAGCGUUAGUAUUGGAAAUUAAGUUAGCCACGAAAGAAAACUUAGGCGGCUACUUUUGCGCAUAUAGGUAUACUAGAAAGUUGUAGGGAACUUUUCAGUUGUCGAUGUUAGAAAGUAGCGCUGCCCGAGUAUAGAAUAAUAUCAGCUAGUAGAGUCGAUGUUGCCUUCGACGUCGAAUAUUUGAAAAGCUGUAGAACUUUGUCGUUUGGUUUGUUACCUUUACUUUCUAGAAUAUCCCGACAAUAUACUAAAAAAAUGAGCAGUCUGAAGUUUCGAAUUUAGAUGAAUUGUCUUGAUUUCAAAAUGAAGCGACUUCUACUGAAAUAUUCGCGUUCUCGUUAGCGUACAAGCUUUGAAGACAAACAUAUAUGCGUCCGAAUGGCCUUUUCGGAAGAAUAACUGACUAUAUUUCAUAUAAAAUGGUUGAUAAUUAUGAACGUGAAUUAAUGUGAAGUUAAUUGUAUAGAGCAGUAAACAAGUCAAUCAAUGGGUUACGUGAGGUUUUGCUUCUGCUCGUUCAGGUGACAGACUGCUUUUACUUGCUAUCAGUAACUGUGCAAUAGAAUAUCAAAAACCAAUAGGCAGUAACGAAAUCUAAAACAAAUUGUAUUGUUGUCAAAUGUUAUUCACCGUUACUCUUUCUUUCUUACCCGCCCAUUUUAUAUCUUGUAUCUGACAAUGACCGUUAAUAGAUAAUCAUAUUUCAAUGGCGUAUUUGACGGUUUUUAUCGCAACGAACGAGUAGAAUCAUUUGACUCGAGUCUUCUGAAGUACGUACCAAGCAAGCGCAAAAUAUUUACUGUACAGGGCGAACAGCCGCGCAAAUCCGAGUGUCGCUGAAAUAAAAAUAUAAAGUAUUUGUUAAAUGGAUGUAGCUGCCGAGCGUCAUUAUUCGUUCAAAAUUGCGGUUUAUUUUGUUAACAACUCGAUACGUCUACAUGAUUUGCAAGAGAAUUGAUCGCACGAAAGAACAAUUGUACGUCAAACAACGAAAAAAUUCUGCAAAAGGCACACGAACAAUCUAUGAUGACUUCUAUUGGAUUCCAAAGCACGAUACUGCCUCAGCCGAUGAGAAAAUCCAAUGAGAAGAAAUAUUUGAGUUUUCUGUUUAUUUUAACUCAUUACAUCGAGUGUACGUUUGAACAGGAUGUAAUAAUAGUAUGAUAGCUGAGUUCUUACUGGCAACUGGCAUGGCGGUGUGAUCCACAUAGAUCGCACUUUUAUAGAAAUCAUUAAUACAUAACGCGAAACGCAUUUGAGCUUGUUGAGUCACGAUUAGUGUGCGAUGAUAAUUUUCCAAGUCUGAAAAAGCAGGUUAAAAAUUAUAGCCUACAUUUUCAUAACGUCAAUACGAAAACUACAUGACAAUUCAAGAAUAUGGAUCCGCUCGGAGGUGAAUGAGCUGAUUGGACUAAAUAGAGCUCAUUGGCGGUAUGUGGCGCAGUAGCAUUUGCAACGAUGGUUGUUCGGGGCUUCGAAAGAGUCGAAUUGCGUGCUUUGAUCUGAUACUUGUAUAUAAUUGCAGGUAAUUGUAAGCGAACAUUAAUGUUUGAUUAUAAUAGGAACAAGCAUAUAGUUUACAAUGUAAUUGUUAACCACUGUAAGCAUAGAAAAAUGCAGAAGAUUUACUGUGGAGGAUCGCCACGCGCGGCUCUAAAAUUGUUGUUGUCAAUUGUUAAAAAUACAAAACUGUGCGUAGGCUCGUUGUAAUUGAAUCUUUUUAGUGCAUUGAAAGAUAAGAUGUAAGUUAUUGUUGUGGCAAGGUGCUCGCUUAUCAUGUCAAUAACGUGUAAUGUACAUUUUACCGGUGGUCGUUGCAUUACGAUUGUCACUAAAAUAAUUAAGAUAUAAGUAUGUACUUAAGUGAUGCGUGAUUAAAUAUGAAGUGUACCUAAAUAUUGCGUAGAAAACACGUAGGAACCGAGUGAAGCAAAACGCUUGUAUUCGUACAACCGUGGACAAAAUUGUAUUGGUGUGUUAAUAAAAAUUUGAA